AUGUUCAACAAAACUCCAAAGAAUGAAACUAAUUCGCUGUCACCUAUUAAAGAUUUAAAAUUGCCCGAGUUAGCCAAAACUUCUGAUUCCAAGCAAAGAAAGGACUAUUCUAUAUUUAAAGAACCAAUUGUACAAUUAUUAAAGCAGAAACCACUUCCUCCAUGGAAACGAUUAGACGGAAUAAAGCCAAGCGGAUAUGAAGGGAAAGGACCUCAUUUUACAGAUUUUUGGUCCACAAGGGAAAAACUUAUAGCCAUGAAGAUGCUAAAUCCGAAUUCAGUAAAGAGUAAAGUUGCUAAAGUAUUUUACCAAAGCGAAAAAUUGAGGAGAAAAAAAUCUUUCGAUCAGAAAUUUCUUAAAAGGUUACCGAUGCUUGCUGAAGAAGAUUUUAACCUGGAAAGGUGUACUUUUUCGCCAAUUAAAUCGAAGUCUACUAAAAAUGUAAUAAAAUUAACGUCUGAUUUUAUUUAA